AUGUUUGGGAAGAAGAAGAAGCAUCGGGUAGAGAUCUCGGCGCCAUCCAACUUUGAGCACCGCGUGCAUACGGGAUUCGACCAGCAAGAACAGAAGUUCACCGGACUCCCUUGCCAAUGGCAGAGCCUGAUUGAGGAGUCUGCACGCCGACCCAAGCCCUUCAUCGACCCCGCCUGCAUCACUUCCAUCCGUCCUGGAGCCCCCAAGACCAUCGUACGGGGCAGUAAAGGUGCCAAGGAUGGGGCCCUCACCCUGCUGCUCGACGAGUUUGAGAACAUGUCGGUGACACGCUCCAAUUCCCUCCGGAGAGACAGCCCGCCGCCCCCCACCCACGCCCGCCAGGAAAAUGGGAUGGCCGAGGAGCAGGCUGCCACGGCCAGAGGGGGACCCGAGAAGGCCGGCGGCCACGGCCGGGCCACUGGUCGCAGCGAGGCGGGUGGCAGCAGUGGUGACAGGCGGCGGGUGGGGCCAGAGAAGAGGCCCAAGUCUUCCAGGGAGGGCCCAGGGGGACCGCAGGAGUCCUCCCGGGACAAACGUCCCCUCUCGGGACCCGAUGUCAGCGGGGCGAAACUGGCAGCUGGCCGGCCCUUUAACACGUACCCGUGGGCCGACACAGACCACCCGUCCCGGGGUGCCCAGGGGGAGUCUCACAGCAGGGCCCCCAAUGGGCCAUCUGCGGGGGGCCUGACUGCCCCUCAGUCAUCCUCCUCUCGGCCCCCCGCCCAAGUCCGAGGCACCCCCAGUCCCAGAGUGCUGGGCCCCCAUGCCUCCGAGCCCCAACUGGCACCCCUGGCCCGUACCCCUGCCAUCCCUGCUCCCUCCACUGUCCCCACCGCCCCUGGCCCCCGCUCCCCCCAGCGUGAACCCCAGCGCGUAUCCCAUGAACAGUUCCGGGCCACCCUACAGCUGGUGGUGGACCCCGGCGACCCUCGCUCCUACCUGGACAACUUCAUCAAGAUCGGCGAGGGCUCCACGGGCAUCGUGUGCAUCGCCACCGUGCGCAGCUCCGGCAAGCUGGUGGCUGUCAAGAAGAUGGACCUGCGCAAGCAGCAGAGGCGCGAGCUGCUCUUCAAUGAGGUGGUGAUCAUGCGGGACUAUCAGCAUGAGAACGUGGUGGAGAUGUACAACAGCUACCUGGUGGGCGAUGAGCUCUGGGUGGUGAUGGAGUUCCUGGAGGGAGGUGCCCUCACCGACAUCGUCACCCACACCAGGAUGAACGAGGAGCAGAUUGCUGCCGUGUGCCUCGCCGUGCUACAGGCCUUGUCUGUGCUUCACGCCCAGGGCGUCAUCCACCGAGACAUCAAGAGUGACUCUAUCCUGCUGGCCCAUGAUGGCCGGGUGAAGCUGUCAGACUUCGGGUUCUGUGCCCAGGUGAGCAAGGAGGUGCCACGGAGAAAGUCUCUGGUGGGCACACCCUACUGGAUGGCCCCGGAACUCAUCUCCCGCCUUCCCUACGGGCCAGAGGUGGACAUCUGGUCUCUAGGGGUGAUGGUGAUUGAGAUGGUGGACGGGGAACCUCCCUACUUCAAUGAGCCGCCCCUCAAAGCCAUGAAGAUGAUCCGGGACAACCUGCCGCCUCGACUUAAGAACCUGCACAAGGUCUCGCCCUCCUUGAAGGGCUUCCUGGAGCGCCUGUUGGUGCGGGACCCUGCCCAGCGGGCCACGGCGGCUGAGCUGCUAAAGCAUCCCUUCCUGACCAAGGCCGGGCCGCCCGCCAGCAUCGUGCCCCUCAUGCGCCAGAACCGCACCAGAUGA